CCACACUCUUGUUCCUUUUGCCUGAGUCACAGCCUCUUGGUCUCUGUGCUCCCCUAACAUCUGUCUCUGUGGCCCUGUCCUUCUGUCCUGACACCAUCCCCUUUCCCGGUGCCUUCCCUGUACUUCGAGAAGGCUCAGGCAGGGAGACAGUACCGAGGACUCUCGAGGCUCUCUCCUGCGCCUUACUGAGCCUGCCGGCCAGGAGGGCCGCGGGUCGGCAGCCCGAGGGUGGCCUGUGGCCAAGGGAGGGCGGAGCCCACUGGGGCGGGAUUGGCUCUAGGUCCACCUCAUAAAGCCACGGGCGAGGGGCGCGCCGCGCUCUGGAGGAGCCGUGGAGGGGCAGUGUGGUCUGACAGUCCCCGCAGGCUCAGUCGCAGCCCUGCGGAGACAUGCCCCGGAGCCCCCGGCCCGCGCCGAGCUGGGCGCUGCUGCUGCGGUUGCUGGCGCUGCUGCGGCCGCCGGGGCUGGGCGAGGCGUGCAGCUGCGCCCCCGCGCACCCCCAGCAGCACGUCUGCCACUCGGCGCUCGCUAUCCGGGCCAAGAUCUCCAGUGAAAAGGUAGUUCCUGCCAGCGCAGACCCUGCUGACCCUCAAAAAAUGAUCCGGUAUGAAAUCAAACAGAUAAAGAUGUUCAAAGGGUUUGAGAAAGUCAAUGAUAUUCAGUAUAUUUAUACGCCUUUUGAUUCCUCCCUCUGUGGGGUGAAACUAGAAGCUAACAGCCAGAAGCAGUAUCUCCUGACUGGUCAGAUCCUCAGUGAUGGGAAAGUCUUUGUCCAUCUGUGCAACUACAUUGAGCCCUGGGAAAACCUGUCCCUUCUGCAGAGAGAAAGUCUGAAUCACCACUACCAUCUGAACUGUGGCUGCCAAAUCACCACCUGCUAUACGGUGCCCUGUACCAUCUCGGCUCCCAACGAGUGCCUCUGGACAGACUGGCUACUGGAACGGAAGCUCUACGGGUACCAGGCCCAGCAUUAUGUCUGCAUGAAGCAUAUUGACGGCACCUGUAGCUGGUACCAGGGACGCUUGCCCCUCAGGAAGGAGUUUGUUGACAUCAUCCAGCCCUAGGAUGGAUCGCCACAACCCUUUGAGAAUCCCGAAAACCAAGCCCUUUUCCUUCCUGGCAGGGCGCUGGCUGUCCCUACCUGCUUCAGGGAUGCCAGACAAGGGGAAGUACCAGGUGGACGGUGUGGCCAACAUGAGGGCAGGGAUGGGGCAUGUGGCAGCUUGUGUCUAGGACCCCAGUCCAGAACACGUUGGGCCAAGGGCUAGGGAAAGUAGCAGGACUUUUCUUUCCCACCCUCAGCCCUUUAUCCCUGCCUCCAAACCUUCUAGUUGAGCUGGUAUUUGUUACUGAUUCUGGCUUAGUUUCUUUUUUCAAAGCUAGGACUAUUCUUUUUUCUCCCUAGAUAAAUGUGUUUUCUUUUUAUCUUAACUGAUCUGACAGGGGAGAAAUGAUGACUGUUAUACAUAUGAGAUGGGGUGGCCUUGUGAGAUAUAAGACCAGAAGGUGGGUGACAGUAUCAUAAACAAGCUGGUUUGGAGAAAUGGAAAGAACAAUAUCGUCUGGCUGUGUUUCAUCUACUCCUCCUGUCCCAACUCAUUCUGACCCUCUGAUAUACUUUCAGUCUGUUUAGGGGAGUGGCAAAGGGGGACAGGAGCCAUUCAAUGUGAAGCCUACAGUGUAAUCCCCUCUAUGCCAUUCUUGGCACAGGGCCUGGCCCAGUUAGCAAGACAAGAACAGACUUGGGCAUUGUCUCUCCAGGUUAACUAUACUUAAUGUCCUCAACUGCUGUCCAAAAGGCUUCUCCUCUGUCUCCUUUAGAAAGUCCUGUUUUCAUUACUACUUCAAAAUCUUUUUUAAGCUUAAAAAAAAAAAAAAAAAAAAAAGCCUUUCUCUUAUAGAGUUGAAAUUCCCCCUUAGCUUUUGAAGCCUCACAGAGAUCUUGGGGGUGGGGGGUGGGUGUCCUCUCUUGAGGGCAAAUUUUAGGCUAGAGGACAGGAGAAAAAGAACUCAAGGGCCCUUGGGGGAAAGGAGGUAGGUGAGGAAUAUACUUUGUAAGUGUUACAGAUCAAGUGGUCAGCCUGCUAGAUGCUACAGCAGGACAAAGCCAGCUUCGAGGGCUCCCUGCCCAGCCUUCUGCUCAGUCCUCUCUUGGAUGCCCUGAAAUUUACAAGCAUAGCCCCUGAGGGUUCCUCUGCCUCUACAAGCCUUCCUGACUUGUCCUGAAAGGGAAAGCCCUGGUGAGCGUCUUAAGGAUUUAUCAGAGAUAAGUGCUUAAAGUUCCAGGGCCUCUCCUGGGGAAGCUCUGGCAAAGAUGGAGAAGGUAGUUCUUUCCAAGGCCCCAAGGUCCUAUACGGCUUGCUGAUAAGCUGGGGCAUGCACAAAACACCAGAAGAAGGUUCCACAGAAAUGGUGCCAAUGGAGAUUCCUUCUGGAGAUCUCUGUCCUGGAGCACAAGACUUGGAAAGAUAAGGCAGAGAGUCUCCACUGGUGGGUUAAGUAGGAUUACCCACUGACCACACAGGCCUGGGGCAGAGAGCGUGGGGCCAAAGAAGAAGAAGGGGGAUAAACACUAGAGGCGGCCUCCGUACCAAUCAUCUAUCCCAUCGUUCUGCUCCUUCUGCCAUCCCGGGAUGGCCUCAGAGAAGGCAGAGUGAAACCCUUGUCUUAUCUGAAUUUUGAGGAAGCCCAGGGAAUGGAAGAGUCUGGUGAAUAAUAUCAGGAACAAUAGCUUACAUCUGAGGAGCACUCCAUACUCCUCACAGACUAUCUGCUUAAAGAAUCUCACUGAAAUCAUGCAAGUGCCAUAUUAGCUAUCCUGGCCAGGAAUCGUUAAGCCCACUCGCCUUUCGGAUUCGGAUGCUGACACGUGGUGAGGGAAUGCAACCGUCCGCGACUUGUGGCUAGAAUCGCAAGCAGCAGGAUCUUCUGACUGUUGAUCCAUCUAGGUUGUUACUCUCAGCUUUUGAUAAAACGCCCCUGUUUCUGCUCUUUCCUAGUCUGUCUCCAAGUUUCGGAGAUAGAGGGCUGUCAACUACAACCCCGCCACUGUGGCCUCACAAAGGAGGUCUGCAGUUCAACCUCAAUAGAUUCUCUGGUGUUGAGAGGCUGAGGCCUUCCUCAGAGGCCCACAGUCAGCACACAGCUAAGCUCAGAGUGCAGACAGCAGAGACUGAUGGCCCCUCUCAGUCACCUACCAUUUCUUUGUGGUUGGGGUAGUAAGUCUGCUCAAUGAGCGGGAACUUUUCUCCUCCCAGUGUCUUGUAGAUGGCCACCAGCUGGGCAAACUGCAAAAGAGAAGCAAAGGUUUCAGUUUACCCAGACAGCUUCUGGGACAGACAAAAUGGCGAUCCAUUGAACAAAUAUUUAUUGAGCAUCUGCUCCACUGAGGGCUUUGUGCAAAGUGCUCUGAGGAUAUAAAAGAGGUGUCCCACCCUCUAUUCUCCAGGAACAUAUGCUUCUGUUGGGGAAGGGAGAGAAUGAACUACUAUUCAUUCAGUGCCUACUCAGUGUUGAAGAUAUUUCAUUUAAUCCUCAUAUCAAACUAAUGAGCUAGGGUCUUUAUCAUCUUCAUCUUACAUAUGAGGCUCAGGAAGGGUAGGUGACUGCCUAAAGCCACAGUGCUGCAAAAAAAAGGGAUAGGUGGGGUUGAAAUUUGGGUCUCUAAAAUGCUAACCACCAUCAUCUCUAGAGAUGGCAAGUGAUGAAGCUGGAUAGGGGAACAAGGGGCCCAGUCUUGGAAAUUCAAAUGCCAAGGAAAAGAAAUCAUGGAAUGCAGCAAAGACAGACCCCGUCUUCUGGACUUACUGCUCAUCUAAGAACUGAACUCACUGGACCCUUCACCUAUGAGAAGCCCCAACAACUCCAGGGAAAAGGGGUGAAGUGCACGUACUUAAAUGUCAGGGUCUGCCUUUGGCGAACAUGUAGCGUCCGUGGUGUCCCCUGCCCGCCCCUCUACUUUAUAAGUGGAGAAACUGAGGCCCAGAGAAGUUGUUCGCUCAAGGUCACAAAGUAGUUGAGCCAGACUCAUAGCCAGACCCCUUUAGUCCUAACCCGUAACUCUUCCUUCUCCUUCAUGUCGCUGCCUUUCAGGCUCUAAAGAGACCAUGCUCUUCCCACAGGAAACUUUCCAGUUCAAUCCAUUCACACUCAUUCCUCACCUCCACACACACCCACCCCAGAGCACUGGCAGCAGCAGUGAUCCAGCGUCUUCUCUCUAGUGCUACUGGGUUCACACUCUAAGCCACUGACACCUGGAACUGCCGGAAGAGUUGCCAGAGCAAACCGACCUUCUGUUUACUAAAGAAGGGAAAGAUAGAACAUUUUUCAAAAGCCCAGUUCCUGUUUUCAGUGAUGUUAGCACGUGUGUUGGUACGGGGAGACAAUAAAAGCCAGAACUGGGUUGUUAGAAAACCAGUCUUCUGAUUCUUCUUGUUCUGCCUUGAACUUGCUAGAUGUCCUUGGGCAAAUGAUGUUGCCUCUCCAGGCCUCAUUUUCUUCAUAUAUAAAAUAGACAACUGAAUUUGGUCAGUUCUUCAGACUUUUUAACCAC